UCGAUAUCGGCCCGUCGCGCCGAAGUUUGAGUAAGACUGGGCGGCGGAAUCAAAAUUUUCAAAGGAAUAAAAGAGCUCUAGGGAUUGAAUGGAAUGUUACUUAGCUAGUUAUCGUAUACGUAUUUGAUUUAAACAUGGACAAAUUCAGGGCAAAGAAAAGAGGCUUCUUUGCUAUCUCCAAUUCCUUGAGCUCAUCAGGUGACAAAAAACGGAAUAAGGGAGACAAACAUGAGUUUAUUUACCUCAAGGGAGAAAAAUCAGAGUGCAGGAAUUUCGAGGGGGAAAAAAUAGACUUGAACAAAGUCGGUGUUGAUUCGGAUGGAGAGACCGAUGAUGAAGUGGGACAGGGAGAUACAUCUGGACAGAGCACCUCAGAACCAGAGACAGCAGUGUCUGGGUCAUCCUGUGAUGAUGUUCAUAAAGCAAGCCGUAAACUCCAGUCUAUUGCUAAGAAGUCAAUCAGAAGAGACAAGAAGAAAGAAAAAGAAAAACAAGAGAGAAAAGAGAAAAACAAAUUGUCAAUGGAUGAUUUCUUGAGUAAACAAAUAGAGUUUAUCACAUGGCUUGAAGAAGAGAAACACAAAAACUCCAAGGAGAUGUCUUCACCAAAGAGGAAAGCCUACUUCAAAACUUUCCUAAAGCUUUGGAACAAAAGAAAACUGCCACAGAAAUAUUACAGAGGGAGUGCAGAGAUCCAAAGUCCAUGCCCCGCCCAUCCUACGAGAACUUUCAGCUUUGAUACGGAAGAGGUUGUUAGUUUCACACGUCCCAAGUCUAAGCGGUUGUCCAUUGAACCAUGGGGACCACCAGAUUCACCAUUCUCCACUUUUGGGAAGACACCACCUAAAAAUCUACAGACAUCAAACCUAUCUUUGUUUGAGUCACAGUCCUCUUUGGAACUUGGAGACUACCAAACACCAAAAAAUGCAUUACCAAUGGCAAAUGCUGGACAAUCUGUACUGAGGUCUGAGAGCAGUAACCAUGGGAUUCAGCAGUUUCCUGCAGGUGAACUGCCAGGUACACCAACAUCAUCUGUUCUGGAGAAGUCCCCUGUUUAUGCUGUGCCAUGGAAACCCAAACCUACACCCAGGAAGAAGCCUCCUGUUGUCGACAAAACCGAUAUCUCCCCACCCCCACCACCUGUUCCCCCAAAAUCAUAUCAGAGUGGGGAAGAAAAUGAAGUAAUACAACAAACUGCUCAAAACCAACAAGCCAGUGAGACAAAAACUGUUUCACAGCCAGGAAAUAUAAACGACUGCGGGCAGGAGACUUGUAGCAGACUUGGUGUGUCUGAAACUUGUAGUGUUAUGGAGGUGGAUAAGGACAAUACAGUGGGACAUCGAAUCUCAAAAGAAAAUGGAUGGCAUAGCCCCAUUGUGGGAAAGCCUUUUAGUCCACCAGUCAAAAUUCGGAAAACUUUCUUUCCUCAAGAACAAAUUUAUGCAGAAAUUGACUCACUUGAAAUGAAAUCUGCUGUAGACAAAGAAUCAACAAGAGAUCUAGAGAUUGAUGAUCAUUUCUCCACAGCAUCGGCUGAUAAAUUACACACAUGCAGCGCAAAGCUUCAAAGUGACUCACCAACCAUUGCUCCAGAUUCAGAGGUGAAACCUGUAGAUUUUGAAAAUUUACAAACAACGAGGGAGAAUCGAUUUUCUUUCAGCAAGUACUUAAUAACACCUGAAAAGCGUGCUGCUACACCGAAGAAAAAGAUGCUUAUGUCUGAAAAUAGCAAAGAGCCUGUUCCAUUAAAGAGAUGUUUGGAACAACAAGAUGAAUUUCCAUCUUUAGAAAAUAAAAACAGUAACCAAAAGGAAAAGCCAGAGAUAAUGCCAAGAAAUAUUCCAAAACUUCGAAAUGAUUUCAGAGUUACCAUGACAAUUAGGAAUGGCCUCCAUAAUGUUCGGAACUUUGUGAUAGAAGAAAACAAACAACCCAGAGGGAAAGAUAAUAAAGACACCAGCAGUGUCGAUCCAGCAAAUAGACAAUUGGAGAAAGUAAAGCAGAGGAGAAAGGGAGAACAGCAUCCUGCAAUUUCAGAAUCAAGAUUAGGAAUGGGCGAGAAAGUCACUUUGUCUGCGGAUGGUUCUGGAAAUCCUAAAUCAAAGCUCCAGAAAGAAUUUCUGGAAACAGAUAUUGAUUCAUUACCAUUACCAAUCAUGGGUGCUAAAACACCACCUCGGAAACGGAAACCUUUGUCCCAUCUUCAGAGGUCUAAGUCAUUGGAGACCAUAAUUUGGUGAUCAAAGUGUUUCAAUACCAUAUGCACAAGAAUGUCCAAUUUCUUCAUAUGCAGCAAGGUUCACAAUGAAUUAGAUAUUUUGCAUAAACACAAAUUUUUUUAUUCCUAACUUUAUGUAAUUACAAGAAUCCAAGAGAUGUUUAUUUGACAAAUCUAAAACAGCAUUGUGACAGGGCAGUUUCACUGGAGUUCAGAAGCAGGACAUUCUGGACUGUGUAGUGUGUGUCCAGUGUUAGUGUCUAGGUAGAUAUAAAGUGAGAAUUUCAGUAAAAGUUAAACAUCAGGUGUCAGUGUGUCAGACAUGAUAUAGACAUUCUAGAUACAAACGUUAACCAAUGGCAUGGAGCAUUAAAUUAAUUUAUUGGCAAGCUGCAAAGUGCAUAUUUCAUUCGUUUAGAUAUUCAAGUCCGGUAGCAUUUUUUAGUCCCAUAAUAUGUGUUAUGUUUUGUAUUUAUUUUCUACAGGAUUUUGUCCAGCAUUAAGAGAGUUUAAAUUCUAUACUUGGAUGUUUUAACUUUCUCUGAUGAUAUUCAACAUUUCCAUUUAUGAUAAGUGUACCUCAUCUAUUUACAUUUAUUAUACCAUUUUGAUACCAGUUGUAUAUUUACAUUUGAGGCAUACUGGAUUUCCUCUCUACAGUUUUGAUGUACAUGUGUCUUAUUUUAAGAAAAUCACGUCCUGUUACUUUCAAUCCAAACCAAGAGCUGGGAAACAGUUUUCAUUGAGUUCCAUAAUAUUGAUUCAUAAAAUACUCACCAUGUGGUGUGACACCAGUCUUUGUUAUACAAUACAGUAUAAAUACUGAAAUAUUCUUCAAUCAUUAAUCAUGAUAUUAUAAAAUGGAUUUAAUACAUCUUGUAAAUUUGAUAUUUAAUAACAAUAUGUACCAAAAAUAAUGACAGAAAUAAACAUUUGAAAUAGAGUU